AUUUCUUUUGAUUUCCAUAAAAAUCCAAGAAAUGAAGAAAUAUUAUAAUAAUUAUAAAUGGGGAAAGGAAACUCACACAUAUAGAGAGAGAAGUGAAGAAAAAGCAGAGAAUAAAAAGAGACCGGAUGUUGACAAAUUUCAUGUCACUGUUCUUAGAAGGUCGUUUGUUUGUGUGAAGAUUUCUUAUCUGGGAUCUCUCUCUAUCUUUCUCUCUCUAGAAGCUCUAUUGUUUGUAUCAGAGGAGAGUGGCCCAGCAGAUCGAAAUCUGCAAAUCUUCUUCUACCUGAUGACGAUCUAAGCUCCUUCAAUGGUGGUACAAGGACACCCACUUGGUUGAUGUUGUUGUUUUUGUGAUGUAGUGUUGGUAGUUGUUUUGUAAUUUUGUUGGGUCAGUGGGAGGGAGAGGGAUGUGGCUCUGAAUUUCGAUGAUGGGACAUGGGGUUCUGCGGGUUCAAUGAUUGAAUCUGUGGGGAUUCUUGAAGGAGAGGUGAUAAGAAGAUGUGGGUCUGAGCUCAUCUUUUGGGGGAACAAAAUUAUGGCUUACUUUGCUUGAGGUUGGUGCUGGUUGCCCUGUGCUCCUUCUCAUCAAGAUCAGUUGGAUCCAGGCAUCGCAGCUGUUGAUCCAUGCCAUUUUGUCCAGACCAUCGUAAUCAUGUUUAAAGGUAUGGGAACAAAGGUGCAGUGUAAAAGCUAUUUGCCAGGAUAUUACUCCAUGAGGGAUCUUAAUGAGGAUUCUAACAGUGGUGGCUGGCCCCUUUAUUAUGGAGAUAAAACAUUGACAAAUGGGCAAUAUUACAAUGGGUUCCUGCCAAGGGCCAUUGCAGAUGCAUAUACUGGGUAUGAUAAGGAUGUACUAAAGCAAACAAUGCUUGAGCAUGAGGCCAUAUUCAAAGAUCAGGUCCAUGAGCUCCACCGCCUUUACAGAAUACAAAGAAACUUGAUGGAUGAAAUUAAAAGAAAGGAACUGCAUAAGCAGAGGGUACCUGUUGAGACAUCAUUGUCAUCAAGCCCCUUAUCAUCUCAAAUGCCAUCUGAAGAAGCUCGAAAAUGGCAUAUCCCUGGCUUCCCAUUGAUAAAUUCUGUUUGUGCUAGUCCAUCUGUUUCAGGCACUGAGAACAGUCAUCACCCUUUGAGUUUUAUAAAAGGGAACAGUUCACCAGCUGGUCCUGUUCAAUUCCAAAACGGAGGUUGUUCAAAGGAUUGUGAGGUGCUGGAGUCCAGGCCCACAAAGCUUAGGAGAAAAAUGUUCAAUCUUCAACUUCCUGCUGAUGAAUACAUCGAUACUGAAGAAGGGGAACAGUUUGGUAACAAUAAAGUGCCUGAUGAUUAUCCUCCUAAUGAAAAUUGUAAGAUUGCUCCAGAAAGUGGGAUAAAGCUGUUUCUUGGCAGUGAUAGGAAGACUUGUCGACAAGAAGAUGUUUCGAGAUCUAAUUUUUGUUUAAGGAGCACAAAUGCGUUGGCUGACCUGAAUGAGCCUGUUCAGGUUGAAGAAGCAAAAGAUCCUGCUUCUGUUGAUUUUCUAGGCCGUCCCACCUGCCAUGGGGAAACUCGAGAUCAGGAACUGUCUGCUAAGCCCAAGUCAGAGUUUCUAGGUUUUCCAAAGGGAAGUUUACAGAACUCCCAUCAUGGAAGUGACAAUGGGACUUUGAACAAUCUAUAUGGGCAGAGUAAAGGAAAUGGGAGGGAGUGGUUGCCCUACAUGCUGGAAGCAGGGCACAGUAAAAGUAACCCAAAAUCUAAUUCACAAGGUCUCCAACCAGAAAAGUUGCCUAGACCUUCCCAGCCAGGACAAGUUAUGCUUAACAAGGCCCAUGAGCCUCCAGCAUUUCUUCUCACUGAUCAAAACAAGGGAGAUAUGUGGAGGGAAAGGACAUCGGCUGGUUUAGAAAUCUCUGAGAAAAGUCAAGGUCUCUCAAAUUAUAACCAUGCAGAACAGGCUGUCUCUUCUCAUUUGCCCAGUCAAUGUCAAUUUGUCUUUUCCUCUGAUUUGGCCAAGUCUUGGUCUCAUUCAGUUUCAUCGUGGGAAAAGAUGAGCAGUGGCCUCAGUCAGAAGUCAAUGUCAAUUCAAACACAGCCGUUUUUAACUUCACCCACUACCCUGAGUAAGAGUUUGCAGUCAUCAGCCCAGAGUCAUGGGAUUUUUGGACACAAGUGGCAUCUUGACAGCAAUUCCAGGUCAAACCCUGGUUUUGGAAGUGAAGUAGCUAACCGAAAUGGAUUUUACCAUGGGUCCUCAUCUGGGUCCAAGGAACUACCAAUUGGUUUUACAUCAAUUGGCUUUGACUAUUUGAACUGCACUAAUGGUGAUAGUGCAGUCUCUGGACACUUAAUUGAAGGUUCUGCAAAGUACUCCAAGGGUUCCAAUUGCAUGGAUGUGAAGUCUGCAAAAGAUAUGAACUUGAAUAUGGUGCUUUCAAAUAGUUCAUCCAAUGAUGCAGUUCCCCGGCAAGGUCUUGAAAUCAUAGAUGGGGAAAAGAAGCAUGAAGACUACAUGCCAGCACUGCCUUGGCUCAGAGCUAAAGCUUGUAAGAAUGAGGCCUCCUAUGUGUGUGGUGGUUCAGACAAGAUGGAAUCGAGUUUUUUUCAGUCUUCUCUUAGUCUGUUGUGUGACAAAAAUAAAGCUGAAAAGGGUCCUAGUCAAAAUCUGUCUCAGAAUGUUACAUCAGCUGCCUAUGCCUGUGAUGUUGAGGCCAAGGAGAUUGAGAUAAGUGACUCCCCAAGUAAUAGAAAAAUUCUUGGCUUUCCUGUUUUUGAGAAGCCUCAUGUUUCGAACAAUGAGUCUUAUUCACUUACCUCCCCCUCUGCAUCCCUUCUUUACUCAUCUGAAGGUCAGGACAUUGAAAAUAAUUGGAAAAACAGAGCACUUGAUAUUAACUUGCCUUGUGAUCUUGCAGUUCCUGACUUGGGCAAGCAGACUCCUGCAGAAGUUCUGAUUAUAGAGAAGGGAGCACAUUCUAAUGUUGCCUGUGUUAGAAGUCACAUCGAUUUGAAUUCUUGUAUAACUGAGGAUGAUGCUUCAAUGACUCCUGUUCCAAGCACCAAUGUGAAGAUUGCUUUGGAGAUAGAUCUGGAAGCCCCUGUAGUUCCUGAAACCGAGGAAGAUGUUCUUUCUGGGUUGGAAUCUAUAGGAAAGCAGCAUGAUUCACCUGUACAAUCACUGCCACACAAAGAUGAUGGCCUUCUGGAUGAAUUUGCCAGAAUAGCAGCAGAAGCAAUUGUUGCCAUCUCAUCAUCUGGCAACUGCAGUGACCUGGAGAGCCCCACUCACUACCUCUCGGAAGCUCCUUUGAAGGACUCCUCCCUCCACUGGUUUGUGGAGGUAAUUUCUUCUUGUGCAGAUGAUCUUGAUAGCAAGUUCGGUUCAGUUUUGAGGGGCAAAGAUUAUGUAGAUAAUGAGGAAUCCGGUGGAAUUGAUUAUUUUGAGGCAAUGACAUUGAAAUUGAUAGAGACCAAUGUAGAUGAAUACUUGCCUGAGCCUGUAGUUCCAGAAAACUCAAAAGUGGAAGAAACUGGAACUGCUUUAGUGCCAAAUCGAACCCGAAAGGGGCAAGCUAGGAGAGGGAGGCAGAGGAGGGACUUUCAAAGGGACAUCCUUCCUGGCCUUGCUUCUCUUUCAAGACACGAGGUCACAGAAGAUCUUCAGACAUUUGGGGGGUUGAUGAGAGCCACUGGACACCCUUGGCAUUCAGGAUUGGCUAGAAGAAACGGCACUAGAAAUGGGGGCGCAAGGGGCAGGCGGAGGUCAGUGGUCAGCCCCACCACCGACGUGGCCAUUACCACAGACGUGGCCAUUACCACAGUGUGCAGUCCAUUGGUGCAGCAGCUUACUAAUAUUGAAAUGGGACUGGAGGAUAGAAGCCUAACAGGGUGGGGGAAGACCACUAGACGGCCUCGUCGUCAAAGAUGCCCUACAGGUAACCUUCCACCCCCUUUAACUUAAUCAUGGGAGGAUGAGGCUAUGAUAUAUGAAUUGAGAAUCUUAUAGAGGAACUAGGGAAAGUAGGGAGUUGGUUCUAUGGCUUUGGGGAGUGCAGUCAGUUGUUGUGAGCCCAUGGGGAUAUUAUAUUGCCUUUGUACAUGCCAUCCUAGCCCAAAAUUUGGGUUCCCUUGAUUUUCUGUCUUUGGCUUACCAACUUUGUAUUAUUCAUAAAUAAUGUUGCAUGAUUUCUUUUGGGAUAUACACAGCAUUCCUUCAACCCCACGUACACUGCUACUUAAGGCCCGUUCUUCUGU